AUGGCAGCCCUUGUGACCGAUUUUGGUAUAUCCCGUUUAGUUGGUACUCCAAACUCCAUAGAUUCAAUUAGCACAGCAACAUUUGCACUGAAAGGAUCAAUUGGAUAUCUUGCUCCAGAGUAUGGAUUGGGUGGGGAUGUUUCUAUUAAGGGAGAUGUUUAUAGUUACGGAAUUCUGAUAUUAGAGAUGGUCACAAGGAAAAGGCCAAGCGAUGACAUGUUUGUGGGAGACAUGAACCUGCGAAAGUGGGUGAGCUCAGCUUUUCCAAACAGACUGGCCGAAAUUGUUGAUUGGGAGCUAUUCAGAGAUGUGAAUGAAAGCAUGGAUGACAAUAGAUGUCUCCUUUCUUUCAUUCAUGUUGGUUUGCUUUGUAGUAGUGAAUCACCGAGAGAACGACCUUCAAUGAGAGAUGUAGCCAACAGCUUGGAGAGCCUGAAGACAUCUUUGAUGGGAAGUGCAUCUACUUCCAAUUUAAAAUGUACCAUAUCAGAACUCCUGGUCAAUACCAAUCUCACAGGAACCGAGGAAUGUGACAGUCAAAGUUCUACAUUUUAG